AUGUCUACUACAGUGAAGGUGAAUGGUUUUGUCUGCCAGGACCCAAUGGUUGUAAAUGCGGAUGACUUCUUCAAGGCUGCUGAGCUUGACAAGCCUAGAGACACUAUGGCAAGUAAGGUUGGGUCUAAUGUCACUCUGAUCAAUGUCAUGAAGAUCCCUGGACUCAACACUCUAGGCAUCUCAUUGGCCCGUAUUGACUAUGCACCCUUAGGUGAGAAUCCACCACACACCCACCCACGUGCCACAGAGAUUCUUACGGUGCUCGAGGGGAAACUUUAUGUUGGUUUUGUCACCUCCAACCCAAACCAGCUCUUCACUAAGGAGCUCAACAAGGGUGAUGUGUUUGUAUUCCCCGAAGGGCUCAUCCACUUCCAAUUCAAUCCUGACUAUCACAAGCCAGCAGUUGCGAUCGCCGCUCUCAGCAGCCAAAAUCCUGGGGUCAUUACCAUUGCCAAUGCAGUCUUCGGAUCAAAGCCACCGAUCUCCGAUGAUGUCUUGGCCAAGGCAUUUCAGGUGGAAAAGGGGACUAUUGAUUGGCUUCAGGCCCAAUUCUGGGAGAACAACCAUUACUAAUUAUGGCAGAAUAACCUACACUAAAUAAUCAAACGUGGUUCCUUGUACAGGAGACCACACCCCUUCUAUGUAUUUCGACUAUUUUUAGUUUAUGCUACUAGAGUCGCUAAAAUAAAUGGCAAGUAUAUCUAUAUACUGUCACUUCGAUCACCGUGUCUCUGUGUUGUACCACACCCUCAUUAUAUUACUGGAACAAUAUUUUUUUUAAUGAUAAACGGCAUGAAGCUUCUAUUUAUCCGAG